AUGGGGCGCUCCUUUGACAUGUCAACGACGGGGACAUCCGUGGCAGAGAUGUUUGCUCCAGCAAUCAAGGGCAAGACCAUUCUGAUCACGGGUGUCAACAAGGGCGGGCUUGGAGGCAAGAUGGUCGAGAUCCUCAGCGCCCAUUCGCCCAAGACUCUCAUCCUGGCGAGCCGCACGCCGUCCAAGAUCCAAGAUAUCAUCGACGAGGCGCGCUCAAAGGCGCCGGACACGACGUACAUCGCCGUCCCGCUGGACCUCUCGUCCCAAGCGUCGUGCCGUAGUGCAGCCUCUUCCAUCAUGUCGAACGCACAGGUGGAGCAAAUCGACCUCGUGUUCAACAACGCCGCCGUCAUGUCCCUUCCAGAUCGACAACUCAGCCCCGAGGGGAUCGAAAUGCAAUUCGCAACCAACCACAUCGGCCACUUCCUCUUCACGAAUCUGAUCAUGCCGAAGAUUCUUGCUGCUGCAAAGGCCAAUCCCAGAGGCAGCACUCGCAUUAUCAACGUCUCGUCCCGCGGCGUUGCGUACAGCCCUGUUCGCUUCUCAGACAUCAACUUUGACAAAGCGAUCGGAAGCUUGCCCAAGUCCGAGCAGCCUGAUUAUGCUGCCCUUGAACAGACGGGCCGACCCGUCGACACCAACAAAAGCUACGAUCCAAAUGUAGCUUAUGCACAAUCCAAGAGCGCCAACGUGCUGUUUGCUCUCGCACUCACCUCGCGCCUCUACGAAAAGUACGGCAUUCUGAGCUUUGCUCUGCACCCCGGCGCGAUCAUGACGGAGCUAGGCCGUCACCACGACCCCGAAAAACUCGCAGCGAUCACAGAGAAGAUGAAAUUCCUAUUCAAGAACGUUGAUCAGGGGUGCGCCACGUCGUUGGUCGCGGGUUUGGAUGACAGUCUCGGUCCAGCCAACCUGGAGGAUGGGACGGGGAUUUACUUGAGUGAUGGACAGAUCGCACAGGCUCCUGCGUGGGCACAGGAUCCGAAAAAGGCAGAGCAACUGUGGGAGCUGAGUGAAAAAUUGGUGGGGCAGAAAUUCGAGUAUUGA